AUGUUCUCAUUAUCCAGAUCGCACAUAAGGGGUGUACCUAUACGCCACUCGCGCACCCAAACAAGCCGAUGUCUAAGCAGUUUGGCCUCCUCGAGCGACGCUCUAUCGGUACCGCCUCCAGAAAGUCGUUAUGCCCGGCUUUCCAGGUUUUGGCUGGCUUCUGGUGGCCUCACCGCGACCGAAGGCGAGGAUUCCCAUGAGAAGCUGAUUCGGGCCGGCUACCUUCGCCAGUCUCAAGCAGGGAUAUUUCACAUGCUUCCACUUGGCCAAAGGGUACAAGAAAAGCUGGAAAAUCUGAUCGACAAGCACAUGCUGCAGCUGGGUGCCUCCAAGGUCUCACUUUCAGCCAUCUCUUCCCAGGCGCUAUGGCAACAGACCAAUAGGCUUGAAGGCUACGGCCCAGAGUUGUUCCGUUUCGUUGACCGAAAGGACGUACCGCACCUAUUAGCCCCAACGCACGAAGAGGAGAUCACUUCUUUGGUGGCCAAGACAGUCAGGUCUUAUAAAGGUCUUCCCCUGCGACUUUACCAGAUUGGCCGCAAAUAUCGGGAUGAGAUUCGCCCACGCCACGGUGUGCUGCGUUCAAGGGAAUUCAUCAUGAAGGACCUCUACACCUUUGACUAUUCGACUCAGACGGCUCUUUCGACCUAUAAACAAGUACGCGAGGCUUAUUCUCGCCUCUUUGACGAGUUGAAAUUGCCGUAUGUGGUUGCAGAAGCCAGCUCCGGCGACAUUGGGGGCGACUUAAGUCACGAGUACCAUCUUCCAACUGCGAUUGGAGAGGACAAUGUGAUCAGCUGCGACAGCUGUGAGUACGUCGCGAACGAGGAAAUCGCCGUUGCACGUACCAUUUCUUCGGAUAGCCACGCUCCCACGGGAAGCGAGACAGUACCUCCUGCCUUUCGCGUAUGGCGUGGUAUAUCCAAAGACAGGACAACACUCGUCAACGUUUGGUAUCCAGCUGCCUUCUCCGAUGCCGAAAUCAAUACGUACGCUAUCAAAUCGAUAUUGCCAGAGUUGGACUCUAGCUUGGAAGACCCGGCAACAUGCUGGGAGUCCGCGCUUGCUUCGGCCAAACCCGCCGAGUCUGGACAACGACUCCAAUUGUUGAAUGUCAUUGACGGCAGGCUUGGUCCUCGUUUCGCAGAUACCACGAGGGAUGACAUGGAUCGUCAAAUGUUCCCACCACAAAUCAAUAGCAAUCCGGCUGAAGUCACGAGCAAACUCAUAACAUCGUCGGAUGACGGCGGCCUUCUCAACGUGCUCCGUAUUCGUGACGGCGACUAUUGCCCCCGAUGUUCAUCUGGCACGCUCAAGGUGCAGAAAGCGAUUGAACUUGGGCAUACUUUUCACUUGGGUACACGAUAUUCGGAUCCGCUUGACGCACGUGUUCAAGUCCCUUCCAACUUGGUCGACGGGCAACUCACCGCGAGCAACCCCGAAUCCAUGGUGAAUGUGUCCAUGCAGAUGGGUUGCCAUGGCAUCGGCGUCUCUCGAAUUAUAGGCGCCGUCGCGGAUCAUCUAGCAGACGACAAGGGGCUCAGUUGGCCACGAGCCAUCGCGCCUUUCGAGGUUGUCGUCAUCCCUGGAAGGAAACUGGAAGAAGAAGCUACAAAGGUGGCUGACUACUUGACGAACUCCAUGGGGCCUUUCUCGACGAUGGACUUGGCGCUCGAUGACCGUUCGGUGUCCUUUCCAUGGAAGAUGAACGACGCCGACUUGAUCGGCUACCCCGUCAUCGUCGUUCUGGGGAGGAAAUGGAACUCUGAUCGGCUUUGCGAGGUCCAGUGCCGGAGACUUGCCACUACUUCGCACGUCGCACUGGAGGACCUGCCAAUGCACAUCAACAAGCUUCUCUCCCAACUCUAG